GAGACCCCCCUCCAAGAAGGCCAUGGUCUCCCCACGGAUGUCUCGGCUCCUCUCCCAGACUGUGAUCUUAGCGCUCAUUUUCCUCCCUCAGGCACGGCCCGCUGGCGUCUUCGAGCUGCAGAUCCACUCUUUCGGUCCGGGUCCAGGCCCGGGGGCCCCGCGGUCCCCCUGCAGCGCCCGGGGCCCCUGCCGCCUCUUCUUCAGAGUCUGCCUGAAGCCUGGGCUCUCGGAGGAGGCCGCCGAGUCCCCGUGCGCCCUGGGCGCGGCGCUGAGUGCGCGCGGACCCGUCUACACCGAGCAGCCCGAAGCGACCGCGCCUGAUCUCCCACUGCCCAACGGCCUCUUGCAGGUGCCCUUUCGGGACGCCUGGCCUGGCACCUUCUCUCUCAUCAUUGAAACCUGGAGAGAGGAGUUAGGAGACCAGAUUGGAGGGCCCGCCUGGAGCCUACUGGCGCGCGUGACCAGACGGCGGCGCUUGGCAGCCGGGGGCCCGUGGGCCCGGGACAUUCAGCUCGCAGGCGCCUGGGAGCUGCGCUUCUCCUACCGCGCGCGCUGCGAGCCGCCUGCCAUCGGGACCGCGUGCACGCGCCUCUGCCGUCCGCGCAGCGCCCCCUCGCGGUGCGGCCCGGGACUGCGCCCCUGCGCACCGCUCGAGGACGAGUGUGAGGCGCCGCCGGUGUGCCGAGCAGGCUGCAGCCUCGAGCAUGGUUUCUGUGAGCAGCCCGGUGAAUGCCGAUGCCUGGAGGGCUGGACUGGGCCCCUCUGCAUGGUCCCUGUCUCCACCAGCAGCUGCCUCGGCUCCAGGGGCCCGUCCUCUGCUACCACCGGAUGCCUUGUCCCUGGACCUGGGCCCUGUGACGGGAACCCGUGUGCCAAUGGGGGCAGCUGUAGUGAGACACCCGGGUCCUUUGAAUGUGCCUGCCCGCGUGGGUUCUACGGGCUGCGGUGUGAGGUGAGCGGGGUGACAUGCGCGGAUGGACCCUGCUUCAAUGGCGGCUUGUGUGUCGGGGGUGCAGACCCUGACUCUGCCUACAUCUGCCACUGCCCACCCGGUUUCCAAGGCUCCAACUGUGAGAAGAGGGUGGACCGGUGCAGCCUGCAGCCAUGCCGCAAUGGCGGACUCUGCCUGGACCUGGGCCACGCCCUGCGCUGCCGCUGCCGUGCCGGCUUCGCGGGUCCGCGCUGCGAGCACGACCUCGACGACUGCUCGGGCCGCGCCUGCGCUAACGGCGGCACGUGUGUGGAGGGCGGCGGCGCGCACCGCUGCUCCUGCGCGCUGGGAUUCGGGGGCCGCGACUGCCGCGAGCGCGCGGACCCGUGCGCCGCGCACCCCUGUGCUCACGGCGGCCGCUGCUACGCCCACUUCUCCGGCCUCGUCUGCGCCUGCGCGCCCGGCUACAUGGGUGCGCGGUGUGAGUUCCCAGUGCACCCCGACGGCGCAAGCGCGUUGCCCGCGGCCCCGCCCGGCCUGAGGCCCGGGGACCCGCAGCGCUACCUUCUGCCGCCGGCUCUGGGACUGCUGGUGGCCGCGGGCGUGGCCGGCGCUGCGCUCCUGCUGGUCCACGUGCGCCGCCGUGGCCACGCCCAGGAUGCUGGGUCUCGCUUGCUGGCUGGGACCCCGGAGCCGUCAGUCCAUGCACUCCCGGAUGCACUCAACAACCUAAGGACGCAGGAGGGUCCCGGGGAUGUCCCGAGCUCGUCCGUAGAUUGGAAUCGCCCUGAAGAUGUAGACUCUCGAGGGAUUUAUGUCAUAUCUGCUCCUUCCAUCUACGCUCGGGAGGUAGCGAUGCCCCUUUUCCACCCCUCGCUGCACACUGGGCGCGCUGGGCAGAGGCGGAACCUGCUUCUUCCCUACCCUUCCUCGAUUCUGUCUGUGAAAUGAAUUGGGUAGAGUCUCUGGAAGGUGUUAAGCCCAUUUUCAGUUCUAACUUAGUUUCUUCCUAUUUUGCAUCCCUCUUGUCGUUUGGAGCUACCUGCCAUCUUCUCUUCGAAAAAGCUAUGGGCUUGAAGAGGUCACUGUGGGGACUCCGCCAGAGCUUUUCCACUGAUUCUACUCUGCGGGGAGGCAGGGGAGGCAGAGGGGCAGCCUCUCUAAUGCUUCCUACUCAUUUUGUUUCUAGGCCUGACGCGUCUCCUCCGUCCGCACCUGGAGUCAGAGCGUGGAUUUUUGUAUUUGCUUGGUGGUGCCCAGUCUCUGCCCCAGAGGCUUUGGAGUUCAAUCUCGAAGGGGUGUCUUGGAGAACUUUACUGCUGCAAGUUGUAAAUAGUGGUUAUUUAUAUCCUAUAUUUUUCUCACCCAUCUCUCCAGAAACACCUAUAAAGGCUAUUAUUGUGAUCA